AUGGCCUACGUUUUGGGUGUGGCUCGGCGCAGCAGUGGGCAGCAGCCGAAACCGGGGCUGGCAGGCGAACAGAAACUAGGGUUUAGGGGCUGCAAAAGCCGCGGCAGGUACCCAAGCCUCGCCAUUGCUGCCUGCCCAGCCGCAGCAGCAGCAAGAGAAGCAGCAACAGCAGCAGCACCUGCAGCAACAGCAGCAGCUGCAGCAGCAGAGCAGCAACAGCAGCAGCAGCAACAGCAGCAGCAGCAGCAGCAACAGCAGCAGCAGCAACAGCAGCAGCAGCAACAGCAGCAACAGCAGCCUCUUCGAAACCCUAAUUUGCCUUACGAAGCUUCUAGCUCAAAGCCCAUACCCUAA